AGUGAAAAUGAAAACAAUCCAGCUGUAUAAAAAUACCAAAAAUGAAACUUGGAACUUUUAACUUUGAUAAAUAAAAUUAAAACAUACCGCGAUUGGUAGAUCUAGAAUCUAUAUAGUAGUAUAUAGAUCUAUUUGUGAUUGAUAGAAAUAGAUCAAGUGCCAAGAAAUGAGAUUUUUAUACUGCUGGAGACUGCUUCUCCACCUGGCUUUGCUGAGUUUGUCAACAUCACUGAUGGCCUGGGGUAUGCCAUGUCCCAAGCAGUGCAGUUGUCUUGAAGAAAACAAGGGACCAGAAAUGAAAUGUAGUGUGUCCAGUUCCAGCCAAUGGACCAGCAUGUGCCGUGAGAUUAAAAUGGUGAAAAACCCUGAGACCAUCCGACUAACUCUGGCUGGACAUUCUAUCCAUUUCAUCAGCAGGAUCAACUGUCUUCCCGAGGUCCUUAGUCUAGACCUCUCCAACACUCUCCUUGUUCUGAAACCUAGAAUGUUUACUGGGCUCAAAGUUUCCAACUUGUUUCUCAGCUCCAAUUCUAUAAAACAGAUCCCAGCUCAAACUUUUCUUGGGCUGGAAGGUUUGAAAGGACUAGAUCUAUCCUGGAAUCAUAUUGAAUCUGUAGAGUCACUUUUCCAUCUAAAAUCUCUUUCAGUCUUGGAUCUAAGCCACAAUCUCAUCAAUUCUUUGAGCCUUGACUCUUUUUCUGGGCUUUCCUCUUUAAAAAGUUUAAAUUUAAAAAAUAAUUCUCUUGAAGAUUUUGCUUUAGGCAUGUUAUUAAACACCCCUAGUCUAGAGCUGUUGAACUUGCAGAACAAUCUGUUGCGUACAUUCUACUUGUCUGAGAAUGAAACUGAGGAUCUGGUUAUACACAGUAUGAAGUCUAUAGAUCUCUCAGGAAAUCCUCUUGAGUGCUCUUGUGUAGUUGGCCAGUUGAUGAAAAAGUUAUCAAGUUUAACAGUUUUACAAAACCCUUUUGAAACAACGUGUCAAACACCAAAAUCACUGCUUGGUAAAGCUAUCACUACACUAGAUGGCAACUUGUUUAACUGCUCAGUGCCUAAAGAGGUUCUCAGCCACCCCAUCUCUGGCACACAAGUUCUAGCCAUGAGUCAUGUUAGCUUGAAGUGCACAGCCCAGGGCUACCCUCAGCCCUCCAUCAUGUGGGUUACCCCCUGGGGCCACGCCUUCUGUGAACAGUCCAAGCUGUAUCAGCUGAGGGGGGUUGACCUAGCAGCACUGGGAGCCACCAAGGUGUACACCAGCAGGGAUUACCAAGAGCCAAGUAUUAUCUAUAAAGGCAGCGUCUACCUGGAGCCUGACGAUACGCUGGUCAUCACAAAGUUCCGCGGCAGCAUGGCAGGUAACUUCACCUGCUUUGCCUUCAAUGUAGCGGGCAACUCCUCCCUGGAAGUUUACGCGCCAGUGUUUGGCCUGGUGGAGGCCACGUUUUUCCAGAGUUUGUUUAUGGCUGGGUACUGCACCUCAGCUUUCCUCAUCUUAGGUCUGCUGGUGGGGCUAGCAAACAUGGUAGCCAGCAAGUGCAAGCACAGAUACUACUUCACUGUGCCACUCUUCUCCAAGUCCAACUCCAUCCAGCAUCAAGAUAAUAACAGUUGUAUUUUAUCAUCCAAUGAAGGCUCCAGUGGAAGCUCUGAGAAAGAUGGCUCCGUGUCAUCCCGUCUCCUUAUCCACAGAGAUGGGGAGGAGCCGCUGGAUGAUGCUGGGGAUGGUAGCCACAGUCCCAAAACCUGGAGGCCGCAGCUGUUGGGGACUCUAGAGGAUGCCAGGGGGAGGCUCAAGUACGGAGUCGGCCGCAAAAUGGAGCGUGUGCGCAAAAAUGUGCAAUACAUCAAGGAAAGCGGCAGUGUCUAUGUGCACAGUAUUGUAGAGUCAGGCAGCACGGCAGCCAGGCACAUGAAAGCUGGAGUUGUGCUGGGCGUGGAGACAGUCAAAUGCCACGUGCAGUCCUUCAAGGAGCUGUGUGGUACUGGUGAUAUGGGCACCCAGACCAUCUCCAUGGUCUCUGUGGAGACAGACGUAGACUCGAACCAGCGCAAGGAGAUCAUCAAUUUUUCAGGGCAUCCGAAGUUGUAGCAAUUCACGAAUCAAGCUAAGUGUUGCCCUCUACCCCACCUGGGAUUUGAAGCAACAUGUUUGCUCUGUUUACCUCCACUUGAUACAUCCUCUGUCUGCGUCAUUCUGUCUUUGGUCAAUUCAACUUAUUGCCAGGCUUCAAUUUGUUUCUUAACUGUCAACUUAAUAUAAAUAAUGACAUAUUCUAAACUUAUGUACUAAACUAAAAGUAUUAGAUUUAAAUUUUAAAAUUUUUUUUUUUAUAUAAGUGGAAAUUAUUUUUUAUAUAAUUGUUUACAGUCCAUCUCUAGAAAACAGCUGUUUGAAAGAUAAUAAACAUUGUUUACAGUCCAUCUCUAGAAAACAGCUGUUUGAAAGAUAAUAAACAUUGUUUACAGUCCAUCUCUAGAAAACAGCUGUUUGAAAGAUAAUAAACAAUUUUUACAGUCCAUCUCUAGAAAACAGCUGUUUGAAAGAUAAUAAACAUUGUUUACAGUCCAUCUCUAGAAAACAGCUGUUUGAAAGAUAAUAAACAUUGUUUACAUAUUGUUACAUGUUGGUGUGAGUGCUGCUCCCUACAGAUGGGUCAUACCUCUUUAGGUUA